GGACGAAGUGUACCAGAAUGAGAGCCGCUACCCCGGGGGUGACUGGAAGCCAGCUGAGGACACCUAUACCGAUGCGAAUGGUGAUAAAGCAGCAUCACCUAGCGAGCUGACAUGCCCUCCAGGAUGGGAAUGGGAAGAUGACGCAUGGGUAUACGAUAUAAAUCAUGCAGUGGAUGAGAAAGGCCAUGGAAGAAUUGGAAGACCGGGAGGGCUGGGAAUAUGCUUCUUUAAUUGGCUGGAAAUUUCACUGGAAACAGCGUAGCUCAGAUACCUUCCGCCGUAGACGCUGGAGAAGGAAAAUGGCUCCUUCAGAAACACACGGUGCGGCCGCCAUCUUUAAACUGGAGGGCGCCCUCGGUGCAGACAUGACCGAGGAUGGAGACGAGAAGAGUGUGGACAAGCAGAAGUAUAGUGCCACCACUGUAUUUGGGGCAAACACUCCCAUUGUUUCCUGUAACUUUGACAGAGUCUACAUUUACCAUCUGCGCUGCUCUAUCUAUCAAGCCAGAAACCUCGUGGUUCUAGACAAGGAUAGUAUUUCAG